UUUAUUAGAGUUCAGUUCAUAAUGAAUUUAAGUCUGUUAAUUCUUUGAAUAAAAUACUAUUGCUCACUUUUUCAAAGAAAAAUUGUAUUUGGGUCUUUGAAAUGUGUUAUUCCAUUCAUAUCCUGACCAUAAUUCUUCCUAACUUGAGAACAGUAGGCUUUUAUACUCUGUUUAGGCCGUGCCAGAAUUUAAGUACACAGUUGUGUACUUGUAUCCUUGCAAACUUCACUUGCCCCGAUGACUAACCUCUUGAAAUAGUAUUUGCUAGCCAAAAAGGUUGUUUAUUUUCUUUUUCAACAAAUUAAAUUUAUUUUGAAAACAAUGUUAAACUGAAAUUAGUAAAUUUUAACAUUAGUGUUACAUGAAUUUAUGAUGUGCGCAUGUGUGAGUGAAGAUUUGGAUCCCCACCUUGUGAUGACCAGAUGACAGACAGACAGCCCGUACAGAAGAUAUCUCGACCCCAGAGGAGGAACAUCGUCUCAGUGAACGGAGGUGCUGCCACCGGCACCGCUCAGAAGAAUGACGAUGAGGAGUUUGACCCUCCCGUGGAGAUGAUGAUACACGACUAUGACGACGAGAGAACACUAGACGAAGAAGAAGCUCUCGAGGAACCGCAGGACCCACAGGUGGAAGUGUCCACGUUGCAGCGCGAGAGUGAUAUGCCCUUGGAGCAGCUGCUAGCCAUGUAUGGGUACGGCGACCAGGGCGCAGACAACAUGCAGUCCAGCAGCUCCGAAACGUCCAAUCACGAGACCACCCCGGAGAACGACGAAAUGGAGAGGGUCGCCGCGGAAGACGAGGUCGAAGAAAAGACGAACCAUUCAGAACUCCAACAGUUGUACAUCGACCACCCCGAGAAGUCGAUGGACGACACCGUCGGGCCUGCUCGACUGCUGCGGUUGUCGAGACCCCAGAGCGAAGAAGACGAGGAUUACGACUACAUUCCGGACGAAGAGUGGCGGAAGACCAUCAUGGUCGGCAGCGACUUCCAGGCGGCCAUCCCGGAAGGGUUGUGCAAGUACGACGAUGCUCUGCCGUACGAAAACGACGACAAAUUGCUGUGGAACCCGAGCCAGAUGAUGGAAGAUCAGAUCGAGGAGUUCCUGGUGAAGGCUCGGGAGUCGCUGCAGAACAACGCGCAGGGCGUGAGCGUGAUCCCCACGGGCACCCACACGCGGGACGACGAGCAGGCACUCUACUUGCUGCUGCAGUGCGGGUACAACGUGGAGGAGGCGCUGAGGCGGCGACGGAUGAACGCAGUGCAGCCGACAGACACCAUGAGCCUGUGGUCGGAAGAAGAGUGCACCAACUUCGAAAACGGUCUGCGGAGCUACGGCAAGAACUUCCACCUCAUUCAGCAGAACAAAGUGCGCACGAGGUCCGUCGGGGAACUCGUCCAGUUUUACUACCUGUGGAAGAAGACGGAACGUCACGACGUGUUCGCCAACAAGGCGAGGCUGGAGAAGAAGAAGUACAACCUGCAUCCCGGGAUCACGGACUACAUGGACAGGUUCCUGGAAGAGCAGGAGAGCGGGGUCGGGACGGUGCACCGCGACCGGAGCUCGUCGCCCAACAUCCACAGUCUCAUCUAUGGCGACCCGAAGCGCCAUCGUGUCCAGGACUCCCCGGGAGAGACUGUGAUCAGCGCCACUUCCAUGUCUUACCCGGUGGACCCGCUGUGUGAGCUGGCGAGUCACUUCGACAAAGAGAGCAUGGAGAGUCUGGUGAAGUUCGCGGAGGACGGCGUGAGGAACACGUCGGCGUCGGAAGCCGGUAGCUUUGCCGGCGGGGCUGCCGCGAGCUCUCCGCCGGCCGCCGGUACGUUUGGGAGCGUGGAGAUGGCAUUUUCCGGCACCACCGUGGCAGCUCCAGUGGUGCUGAAAGCAGCAGACUCCGAACAUUCGUCCCAGGCGACAGAGUCCGUGGCACAGUGAUUCGCGCGCAGUUUCCGACUGGCAGUGAGCCUUGAAAAUGACUGUUUUUUUUAUUUCCUAGUGAACAGAACUACAUUGGCAAUAAUUGUCUUUCCCAGGCCUAUUCUUUUCAGUGUCCCAAAGGAACGUGUGAGUAUGUGGAAACCGUCAAGCUAAUUUGGCAUUGUCAGUUUGUAUGGAAAUGUCUGAGCAGUUUGUCUGUUGAAAAGUACUUGACUUUUAUUGAGAUAUGUGAAUACAAUGACAGUGUUUUUUCAGUUCAGAACACCGUUGUAGUUCCACCGUGGUUAUGAAUUGUGAUUGAGGAUUGCCAGUAGUAGUGAGAAAAAUAUUCUGGAUGCUGAAUGUGAAAUAUUUGGAAGAAUCUAGUGAAAUACUUACUAGACAUAAAAUAUACUGUUAUAUAUUUAUUCAAGUUGAUGUGUUGACAUGUUUAUAUUCUGUUUACGACCUACUUCAUGUAGCUAUGUUGUUGCACGAAUCUACUAAUGAAUGAGGAUUUGUGGAGAGUCCAAUCUGUUUUAAAGAGAUCUAAAUUGGAGACUGUUCAGCAGUACCGAUUGUGGGUAAACCAGUCAGUUUCAAAAACUGUGUUUAAUCACAAAGUCGUCAAUACUGGUUGAGUUAACGUGUAUUUUGAAAUGUUUGUAGCAAUAUUUUAUUUCAGGGUUGUUUGCUGAUGUAGCUGUUGAUGCUUUCGUAGUUUUGGAAGUGUGUGUGCUGGGUUGUCUCGAGUGAGCAUCAUGAAAUGACUUUGCCUGCAGUCGUCACAUCUUAAUGGUGGUUUUGACACCUUUGCAUUGUUUGCAGCGACUGUCGAAUUGCGUUACGGUUACACGUGGUUGUUGCCGUGGUACUAUAUCUGGGUCCUCAAGACUCUGUUGCGCUUGAACAUUUUCGGUGGGGAUUCUUGUGGUGGUUACCGGGUUGGAUGUCGUGGUGCCACGGGGUACGGUCCAGGGUUCUGAGUUUUCUACCUCGGUCUUCAUUCCUUCGCUUUUCCGUUAUGUUUAUCAUCUAGCCUAGUUCAUUCUUCAAGCUGGUUUGGAACAAGUGAUCCUGAUCAUUCUUUCGGGCAGGCCAGCGCUGGCUGCGUUCAGUACAACCAACUGCUUCCCUUCGUAUUUCUCACCACCACAUCCAUGUGAAACCCUACCAGAAGCAGUAAAAACUUGCACGUGUGUUGUCUAAUAUUUUUUUAAUAAUUGUACAGCAAAACUGACAUUUUUGUAGAGUAUAUUUGGUUUUAAGUAUUUACUUUGUUCUUACACAAAAUGAUUAUUUUAUAUUUAAUAUUUAUCAUGUGGCAGUAGGGAUGUUACAUGCUAUGUAACGUAAACAAUGUACCUUAAUCCCUAGCAUCAUUGUGAUAAAGUAACAAUGUGUGUUCUUUUGUGCGCAUUAGAUUAUUUGGAUUGUGGGAUAUGUACCACAUUAUUAAUUUAGUGGUACUCUAUAUCAAUUUUGUACAGAUUUUGUAUUUAUAUUUGCUCUAAGGAUGCUCCUUAAGCUAGAACCAACCCUCGAAAUAGAAGCUGUAUAAAAAUUUUUUUUAUACAAUAUUGCUAUAAAGGUUUUGUAGGAGGGCUACUUUUUUUUGCCACUACCAAUGUACUGCAGUAUGAAUCAGAAAAAAAACUUCAAGCUGAAACAUGGCUCUCUAUGAACACUAGUUUGAAAAUUCAUUCUACUUACUUCUGUGAUUAAAAAAUUACAAGCACAAAGUGCUUGACAAAGCAAGAAAUUGGUUGUGUUUAAAAAAAACCUAUUCUAAAAAGAGGCCUCUCAUAGUUCAGUCUUAAAUUUAAAAAAAAUUUCCUACGCGGGGGAACUUAUUAGAUUGGUCAGGUGCGGAGGUACGUCCACAAUUACCAAUCUACCGUGCAUAUUGUUUCUAAUGUUGCCAUGAUGAUGUGCUGUGUAUUCUAGCAAAGCUUGUGGAAUGCCAGAAAGUAUCGGAAGAAGGAAAGUUUAUUUUUUCUGUAAUGCACAGGGCCGCAGUAUGGCGGCAUUAAAUGAAGGGUAAUUUGCGGUAAUAUGGGGUGUAAAAAAAGAUUGUCAGUAUUGCAAGAAUGCUAUCCAGAUAAAUUUUAUUUUGGAGAUGUGAACCAAACAUCUUUUCUUUAUUGGCUACAAUAUCAAAACAAACAAAAAAUGUUUUUGUGUGCUUGAAGAUAGUUGCUACAGACCUCCCCUAACACUCGGUGGCAAGAGGCUAUCUUCUCCUUCCUCCUCGAUUGUAACUUAAGACGGGUUAAAAUUGUGCUGUUUUCAGGAAGCAAAAACUGCUAUAAAAAAAACUUUAGCUCCUGAACAAAGACCCUCUCUUCUGUUAAUCUUAUGUCGUUCCGAACUUUCAGGUCCACCACCGCAAACAUCAAGAUGAAUCCAAUGCACUUUAUUGUUGUACACGAAGCUGUGGAAUUUCUUGGGCUCGUCACGACACUCACACUAAAUAAUGGAGCAGUGAAGUGUUUUAAAAUGUUACGAAUGACACUAUACUAAAACAUAGAGGGUGGCCUGUUGCAUUCUGCGAUUUUCAUCCAAGAUAAAGUCAUCAACCAUAAUUUUGUAUAAACACAAACACUUGGAUUUCGGAACUACGUAACAGCAAAGUAAGUUUUUCAUUGUACAGAUUUUUAUCGAGACUUGAAACUAGUUUGUCAAUUUUGAUUCUUUGUGGUGUGUAAUGUUGACUAAUUAAUGAUAUUUAUUUAUUCCGAGCCACAAAUAGAGUAUAAUUAAAUGUGAUGAUUUUAAGUGCGUGUGGCGUAAAGAUAGAGUUACAAAACAAAUUAAGUUUUAUUCUUGCACUUAACACUCACCAUGCAGAGUUGUACCAGGCAUUUCUUUGUUUAGAUAUCUCCUGUCAACUGCGUCUAGCUUCUUGCUAGCUCGUGGGAAUAUCCAACACUCGAUGCUACAAGUAAUUAAUUUUACAGAGUUAUGAUUGUACUGCUUAAAUUUGACGUUUUUCCUACCUUGCGUUGUAUCACUGUUGUUGUUUUUACACUAACCACAUUUCUGUAUCAUGCUCCCAAGCAUUUUCUAUUGCAACCUUAAACAAGUUUUUUUUUUCCCCCUUCUUCCUCUUCUGGCGAGGUGACCUUCCACAUGUUAUUGAAAUAUUUUAAUAGUUAUACUUAGAGACCGGAAAAUUUCGCGGUUUCAUUUCGCGAUAGGCUAGAAUCCAGGUGCGUGUAACUUAUUGCCGCUUCAGUGAUUGGAACACAGUUUGCCUAAAAGACUGAGCCAAUGAAUGACCCUCAACGUAAGAAGUACCGAAUCACAAGCAUCCCAGUUUAGCAGGUGUCACGAGUCAGUAGCCAAUGAGGCUGGUGUAAUUUUCCCGAGAACGUGGAUGAUCGUGGAGUCUAUCCUAGAGGUCAUCGAAACCACGAAAUUUCCAGUCCCUAGUUAUACUCUUUGUUUCCCUAGUUCGGGCCGAGAUUAUGGGUUUAGUAACCACUGACGUAGGUGAUGCCAUUAGGGUUUACGCUUGUCUGAACCCUUCCCUUCGACGUACACAUUUUAUUUUUUGAGCUCGCUUAUCCAGGUGUGCACGGGUAGGCACUCAGACUCGGUGUACUGUACUACUCUUUAAGAUUGUAAUCUCUUUACUGCUGCUACUCACUUCUGUAGCACUGGAGAUAAUAAAUUUGUAUUCAAAUGUAUUUGAAUGGCUAAGUAAAAUAUUGUUCCUGUUAGAAAUUAUAUUAAUAAGUCUUGAGAGAUUGUAUGUACUGUUAAAGGAUUUUAUCAGAAUUUUUAGUAAUGAGAAGAGAGGUACAAUCAGUUGUGAUUCAAAACAUUAUGUUUAUUAUGUAUAUCUGGAUUGUCAAGUGCAAAAGUAAAUGUGAUUGCAUUAAAACACAAGUACUUCUUUCAAAUAAUAAUAGCUCCAAAAAAUGUGAAUUUUUUUUUUUUUUUUACAACAUUUUAUUGUGCAUUUUGGGUCUUUGUAUUUAGUAAGCCAGCAUUAGCUUUUGCACUUUGCAACACUCUGUUAACUACAUGUUUCAUUGAAUUUUGAUAUGCGUUGGGAAUAUAUUUUCCCUGCAAAUAAUUAUACACGUGUAAUUGUUUUGUGCCAUUGUGAAUGUGAAAAUUAAUAUUAUAUUUAUGCCUUAAAUAAUUUAAAGAAUAACAGAGUAAUGUUGAUUCAAAGCAGAUACUUAACAGAAUAUAUUUUUUCACAGAAACUGUUUCUACCAAUGCGUAAGUAACAAUGAUCAAACCGCAAGGUCUGUCAACAUUCAUUGUAGUGAUUUUUACUUUCUAUGUAACUUUUUUUUUAUACAUACAAGUGUUUAGCUCAGAAAAAAAUGUAAGUGAGGGUGCGCAUGGAAUAGUAGUAUUGGUUUUAUAUAGAAUUUUAUUUUAUUGUAAACUAAAUUUAGAUUUUUAUUUUUAAAUAUAAAUAAUAUAAUUCUGGAACUUUAUGGUGUGGAACAUGUAUGACUUUGUUGGUUAUUUACCAGACAUUAAACAUAUAAAUUCUAUGAUUGUUGUUAUGCUAUUUUAUUUGAUUGGUGCCAAUUUGACACAGUUCUCUCAUGCGUUGAUUUGCUUCACUUGCAUUUAAAUGCUGACAGUGACCUCAGACUGGGUGAUCAAGGAUGUGGUGUCCACCCGGGUUAAUGAAUGUGACAAACUCCGUCUCCUCGUACUUGCAAGGGAUGCAUAACUAAACACAUGGUUCAUAUCCUUUCGUGUGAUCAAAAAUUAAGGAAGAAAACUGUGUGUGUGUGAGAGAGUUGAGUGUGUGAGAGAGAGAAUGAGUGUGAGUGAGAGUUGAGAGAGUGAGUGUGUGUGAGAGUGAAUAUGCGAUAGAGUGUGUGUGUGUAAAAUACGUUUGAUCAACAUGCAAACAAA